AUGCCACGAGAAUAUAUACCCGAUCCCAGAUGCAAAAGACAUAAAUGGCAUGAACCUGAAUCAAUAAACAAAGCUCUCAUCCUUAUCCAACAGGGUAACUCAAUCAGGUCAGUGGCCAAAACUACUGAAAUACCCUACAGUGUACUGCAACGCUACUAUAAAAAAUACAAAAUUAACAAUAAUGUGGUAGUAAACAAUAUUGGUGGUCAAACUACUCUUCCUGAGAGUAUGGAGAAAACGUUAGUGACCAACAUAAUUAAAUGUGCUGAUUGGGGUUAUCCAAUAUCAGAACUAGAACUAAGAAUGUUUGUUAAAUAUCACUUAGAUCAAAUUGGCUGUAAUGUAAAACGCUUUAAAAAUAAUUAUCCUGGUAUGGAUUGGGUAAAAUCGUUUUUAAAGCGACACAAAGAUAGAAUCUCUCAACGUAUGUGUCAAAACAUUAAAAGAAGCCGAGCUGCAGUUAGUAAAAAUAUAAUAAAUGAAUAUUUUGAUAAUUUAUCUCAAACUCUAGAGGGAGUUCCAUCUAGCAAUAUAAUAAAUUAUGAUGAAACCAACUUAUCAGAUGAUCCUGGACGAAAAAAGGUCAUAUGUAAAAGAGGCGCAAAAUAUCCUGAGCGAGUCAUGAAUCAAUCAAAAUCUGCUACAUCUGUAAUGUUUGCUGCAUCAGCGGAUGGCCAACUACUUCCUCCGUAUGUUAUUUAUAAGUCUGCUCAUUUAUAUGAUACCUGGACUGAAGGUGGUCCUCCAGGUACCAGGUAUAACAGGUCUCCUUCAGGUUGGAUUGAUGGCCAAUUGUUCUUGGAAUGGUAUACUAAAAUAAUAAUUCCAUACUGCAGACGAUUAAACGGAAAAAAAGUUAUAAUUGGAGAUAAUCUUAGUUCACAUUUAUCAAAUGAAGUUAUACGAUUAAGUGAAAAACAUUCUAUUGACUUUAUUUUUCUACCACCAAAUUCAACACAUUUAACGCAGCCUCUUGACGUUGCCUUUUUUCGGCCAUUGAAAGGAGCAUGGAGAAAUGUUCUUGAAAAUUGGAAAAUAUGUAGUAGAAAUGGUAAAAUGGCUGCAAGUAUUAAUAAAGAUUGUUUUCCAUCCUUACUUAAAAACACAUUAUGUAAACUUGUUACUAAAAAUGGGGAAAAUAUUAAAGCAGGAUUUGAAAAAACUGGAAUAUACCCACUAAACAGAAAUAGAGUUUUAAAUAUGUUACCACCAGAUACUGAAAAUGAUAAUUCAUCAAUAAAUGACAUUUCUUUAGUGUCAGAAAAUUUAACUACAUUUUUGAAAGAAUCAAGAUAUGGAACACCUGACACAACUAAGAAACAAAGGAAGAAAAGAUUAAAAGUUCAACCAGGAAAAAGCAUAAAAGGCAAUGAUUUUAAUAUUUCUGAAAGUGAGGAUGACCCAGGAGAAGAAAACUUUAAUGAAGCUGAUACACCAGUGGACAAUGAAAUGAUAGUUAAUGAGGCCAAAGAAGAUCAACAAAGCUCAAGCUCAAAUUCAAUUAAUGUGGGCCAAAUGUCUAAUAUUAUUAUAAAAAAUAAUAUCAAAGAAGGCACAUGGGUCGUGGUUAAGUAUGGUGAAACUAAGAAAUUAUAUUUUGUUAAAAUCAUACAAAUAUUACAAAAAGGUGAACUUUAUGAAGGGUCAUUUACCAGAUCCAGUAACUUCUCAAGUAGCUACAACGAUGAAACCAAAGAUCCUAUAUAUAUAUUUCCAGAUAUCAUUGACUUCUACACAUUUAAGCUAGAUGCUAUUGUAAUGAUAGUUCCUCCACCAAAGAGUCUGCGCAGGGGUCGAAUGCAAUUUACUGUGAAACUAAGUGAUAUUAUAAAUAGUAUAUAA